AUGUCGCGGCCCAGUGCCUCCGCCCAAAGAUCCUUCCUUGCCCAUGCCCGGAAAGCGGAGCAGAACGUGUCGAGUGCGACAUCUCAACGAGAGGCGCUCGACGCAGCGAUCGAUGCGGCGGAGAAUUAUAUGAAGGCGUUGAAGCUGGCGACGGAUACCACCGAUAAGCAUAAACUGGACGCUAAAUGCAGAGAGCUCUUGACCCGGGCGGAGGAGAUCAAGAACAAGAAGACCUGGCAGCCGCAGGGUCUGUAUCGAGCAGCCGCGGCGGCUUGUACACGGCCCCCAGUUUCGAAGCGGAGGUUGACCACCCGGGAAGAGAUCAUCCUGCUGGAAGGUUCGAAACUGAACGGGUUUGUCUUUCGGCCGUGGACGACUGCUCCGGAAGCUGCCGAGUUUGAAAAGGGCGAGGAGAAAGGGCUGUUUCUGGAUACGCCGGAUCUUCAUCUUUCGGACAAACAGAGGCAGAUAUUUGCGGGAUGGCAACGUCCUCGGGACCUGCUAUAUCAAAGGAAUUCCGAAUGCUCGGAUUCAAUUGAACCGAUGAUGUCGGUAUCGGGGCAGACCGACCUUGUGCAGGAUGUAUUGACGGACUGCUCGGUGGUUGCUAGUCUCUGUGCUACGACUUCAAAAACCGAACGGGGAUGCGAUGAGGCAUUUCUUCCUCUUGUCUAUCCUUACGAUGGCAGUACAGGGAAGCCCCAGCUGUCAUCUUCUGGCAAAUAUAUCUUCAUGUUCUAUUUUAAUGGGUGCUUCCGCCGAGUGGUGGUAGAUGAUCGCCUGCCAUCCUCCAAUACUGCCCGGUCGCUCUACAUGAUCGACCGCAAUCAUGCGAAUUUUCUAUGGCCAGCUCUGGUAGAAAAAGCCUACCUGAAAGUCCGCGGAGGCUACGACUUUCCGGGAAGCAACUCUGGCACAGACCUGUGGGUUCUGACGGGCUGGAUUCCGGAGCAGAUUUUUCUGCACGGCGGGGACGUGACCGUCGACGAGAUCUGGAGGCGUCUGUUUGAUUCCUUUCAUGAUGGCAAUGUCAUGCUGACGAUCGGAACCGGAUGUCUGACAGACCGAGAGCAGACAGCGCUGGGUCUCGUAAGUGAGCACGACUAUGCGAUUCUGGACUUGCGAGAGUCCAACGGCCGCCGUCAGAUGCUCCUCAAAAACCCCUGGGCUGGUGCCGAAAUUGCGCAGUCAGUCAUUAGCUCUGGAUCGAACGACGCAUCUUCUGCUCUAUCGCCUGGCUCCUUCUGGAUGGACUGUAGUCAUGCCCUGCAGCAUUUCGAGAACCUGUACUUGAACUGGAACCCUGGCCUGUUCCGAUACCGCGAAGAUAUCCAUUUCACAUGGAACCUGGAGGAAGAGCGAAGCACUGCUGGGUGUUUUGUGAAGAAUCCACAGUUCUCCAUAUCUGCAGGUCGUGGAGGGACUGUGUGGAUGCUUCUCGGCAAGCACUUUCGGACGAGUCCUGAUCGGUCGUUGGAAAGCGACGCAUUAGGGUUCAUCAGCAUCUAUAUUUUCGAUGCGAACGGGCAGAGAGUCUACCUCAGCGACGGGGCACUUCAUCGCGGUCCUUAUGUGGAUGCUCCGAACACACUGAUGAGGUUAGACAUGCCACCGCACACAACGUACACGGCGGUUGUCUCAGAGCAAUCGCUCCCAUCGUGUAGCCAAAAUUUUACACUGUCCACCCUUUCGGUGGCUCCUGUGACUCUUGCACCCACCCUAGAUCAAUACACCUGCGUGACCAGGGCUCAAGGAGCAUGGGUCUGUUCCACCGCUGGCGGUAACGCCGAGUCAGCGCGAUAUGCCUCGAACCCGCAAUUCCGACUCGAGGUAUCCGACAUGACAGAUGUCUCCAUCUUGCUGGAGACCUCAGAGGCCGAUCUGGCUACCCAUGUCAAGCUCUUCUGGUCUGAUGGCAAGCGCAUCGCCCGGGUCCGGAGCCGCGAUAUCAUCGCCGACAGCGGAGACUAUCGUCGGGGGUGUGCGCUUGCCGAAGCCAAGGGUCUCAGCGCAGGCUCCUAUACCAUCGUCUGUUCUACAUUUGCCCCCGACCAGCUGGGUCGAUUUGCCUUGCGAGUGGCCACGAAAACCCGCUGUUCACUGAAGCCACUGGCAGCCGAGUCGGCCGGACGCCGCGUGAUUCUCUCUCCCAUAGGCAUACUGCCACCUGGCCAGGACCGUAUGCUAGCACCCUUGGCUGUACCGCGGUUGACGCGACUGAAGCUUAUUGCUCGAAGCACCUCCUCGCUCAUCGGCAGUCGCAGUGUCGCAGCAUCACCCAUGCUGAUGACCGUCGAGUUGGGCCAGGGACCGUACAAGGAGGUCCUCGCCUCGUCCGAAGACGGUACCCACAGCGAUACUGUCUCUGGAAUUCGCAUUGACGACAUCGACAUACAGCCAGGUCUGGAAGACAAGGGAGGCGUAUGGGUUGUUAUCGAACGGGUUGGGGGGCCCGGAGGACAGGUCGAAGACCGUCUCCAAGUCGAGCUGUUAGCAGAGGAACGCGUCGAAAUCGGCGAAUGGAUCCUCGAGGAUGCCUAA